ACGUUUGAGUCAACACAAAAUGUUUGAAAAGAUAAAAAGUAUUUAUAAUAAAUCAAAUUAUGAUAUUUCUUCAGAAUUUGUGAAUCCUUUGGACUACCAUAAAACUUUUUAUUUUAUAUUGAAACAAUUUAGAGUCGUAGAUGUGGAUUCCUCUAAAAAUAAGUACUGCAAUCAAAAUAUAAUUCUUUUCACAAUUGGAGCUAUAGCAAACACAUUGAUGUUAAUAUCUUUAUGCCAUGGAAUACACAAAAUGGAAAUACCACACAUAACUGAAGCUGGAACCUAUUGUAUUGUGUUGAGUUAUAAGUUAUUGAUCUUGUCAUGUACUAAAAUAAAUGUUGUGCACUACGAAAAUUUAUUGAAGUCUAUGAAAGAAGACUUCAAAUAUAUAUUCACAAAUGGCAAGAAAUAUAGAGAACGAUUCUUCGGUCUACAACUGGUAACAUGGAAAAUUUCCCUAUUUUCGGUAAUAUUUACUUUUAGCAUUCCUGUUGGCAUGAUUAUAUCUGCUUUCGGGUCACUGUUAUACUACUUAUUAACAAACGAAUCAAGAAACGGCAACAAGAGACCUCUGUUAUUCCCAUUUUAUAUUCACGGCGUAGAUUUUGGUGAUACCCCAAUUUAUGAAAUUGCUUUUACGUUUUCAAACAUCUGUACUUUGGCAUACGCUUAUAAUUAUAUUUUUAUGAUACAAACACAAAUAGUGUGGGUGAGGCAAAUAACAUCAAAGGCGGAUAUUAUAAUAUGGAACCUUCAAGAUCUUUUAAGAGAUAUUUAUCCUCCUACAAAUGAAACACAGAGGGCUUAUUUUUUAAAUCUGAUUAAACAUCGAAUGAGGGAUAUAGUAAGACAGCAUCAAUCGAUGUACAGUCUAAUGGAAGAUUACUCACAAGUGUACAAAAAAUUGCUGCUUUUUGAGCAAAAAUGCUGCGGUCCAGUAGUUUGUCUUACUGCAUAUUGUGCUACUGAGAAACUGGCUGAAGGGGAACUAAACGUAGUUCUCAUUUUACUCUGUGUCGGCACGAUUGUAAUGCAUUACAUCCCUAGUCAUUUGUGCACGUUCUUAACAAUAAAGGUGCGUUCAAUUUGCGACGCUUGUUGGGACACUCCAUUCUGGAAUGCGGAUAAGGCUAUCAGACCGUACAUAGUUCUGAUCAUGCAAAGAUCCCUAAGACCCCUACCUUUGAGAGCAGCAGGUUUCGAAGAUAUUUGUAUUCAAACUUUUUCUAGGAAAAUGACGUCCGCUUAUUCGUACUUUAAUAUGCUGAGGCAAGCUAAUCGCAAAUAAAUUACUUAAGAGGAAUUUUAUGAAGAUUAACAAAGAAUAACUGUGACUGUAUUCCAGUCACGUCGGAUUCACAUCGAGCGCCGAAUCAAACAGACGCAUCGGUGUCGCGUCUUUAACAAAUAAGUACUUAUGUAAUUUGUCGAAUUUUUUUUUUUUUUAAUUAUGUCCUUAUAUGUAUAUGUACCUGAACUAGUGCAAUCAAA